AUGCAUGUUGUGGAUAAGCUGAAAGAUCGGUUGCAGUUUGGGCGAAGAAAGGCAGAACAGGCAGCGGCAGCAGCAGAUUCCAAGGCCACACGCGAUACUGGCGAGCACUUGACACAGCCUGGAAAUAUGACUAGCACUUCUGAAGCAGCGGCUGCCUCCAGCGACCCCUUCGAGACUUACUGCCGAGAACGAGAUGAUCUCCUCGCCGCUGAGCGCGCACUUGCCUGGAAUCAGCUAGCGAGGUCGACGGCAUCAGCAGCAGAGAAGCAAGCUGGUCAAAUAAUCAUCAAGAUUCGAGAGAACGAGCGCAUUGAUCCGGCACUGUAUGGAAAUUUGCCUGGCGAGGAAGUUCCUGCAUCCAACACACGGGACAUGGGAGGACGUUUCCUGGUCAACAAAGAACGGAUAGAGCAGAGCAAGGUCUUUGAGAUCGCUCGACGCAUGCCCAAAGGCGCUCACUUACAUCUCCAUCUCAAUGCGGUCUUGCCACCCGAGGAGCUCAUGCCGCACGCUCGGAGGCUGGAAGAGACGUUUUACAUACGCAGCACGAAGCCAUUAGUGACGGCCGAGGACUUCUACGCCCCCGACACGGAGAUAGUGUUCGAGGUCAAGUCGAGGAACACUCAGCGGGCUGAUGUCUUCGAUCCAGGAUACAAUCCUAAAUGGAAAGAACCCAAUGCUGUAUCGUGGAUGAGGUGGACCGACUUCCGCCAGCGCUUUCCGGGUACGGCGUCUCUUGAUCAGAUCCCAAUUGAGAUCGCAAGAAAGGAGAAUGAAGAUCUCGACGAUGCGGAACGGUGGGCGCGCGAGAAAAUCAUCUUCACCCAGGAUCGCGCGUACAACGAUCGUCAGACGACGAAUGGCAUAUGGGCAUGUUUCAAUCAAGGUACCCGCGCCUCUAAAGGUCUCGUACAUUACGAAAGCAUGUUUCGUUGGUACAUUGGCCGGGUCAUCGACACCAUGAUUGAGGAUAAUGUGAUGUACUUCGAAUUGCGGCCAAUGCUCCUGGACAAGGCAAUACCUACCGACGACGGUGAACGCAAGCUCGACCACAAGGCGCAAAUGGAGGUAAUUUGUGAGGAAGUGCGGAAGAAGCAAGCUGAACUACAGCGUAAUGGUCAAAUCGACACCUUCCCGUUCGGCUUGAAGAUCAUCUAUGGUACACCAAGAAGUAUCCCAAGACCGAUGAUGAAAAAAGAAUUGCAAGACUGCAUCAACCUCAAAAAGGCGUACCCAGACUUGAUCUGCGGCUUUGACCUCGUCGGAGCAGAGGACAGACCCAACAACAUCGGAUUCUACGCAGACCUUUUGCUGGACUUCGUGGCUGACACUAAAAAGGAGUUCGGAGAGCCUAUUCCGUUCAUAUUCCACGCUGGGGAAUCACUGUUAGACACCGGCGGAUCGCACAAUCCCGAAAACAGCAACCUUUACGAUUCACUUUUGCUGAAUUGCAAGCGCGUUGGUCACGGAUAUGCUCUCCUGAAGCACCCCGUGCUUGCUCAGAAGUAUCGCGAACGGAAGAUCUGCUUGGAACUCUGUCCCAUCUCCAACGAACUGCUCGGUCUCUGUGGUAAUGCGAGACAGCACAUAUUCCCAGAGCUGUUGGCAGCUGGCUUGCAGUGUACACUCAAUGCCGACAAUCCCAAUAUGUUCAGGUACGCAGGACGCAGCGCAUCACCAUUGUCCUACGAGUUCUACCAAGUAAUGGUAGGCGAUCCUCGUAUGGACAUCCACGGCUGGAAACAGCUUGCUCUGUGGAGCAUCGAGCAUAGCUGCAUCAGCCAUCAAGAACAGAUCAGGGCCAAGGCAAUCUUCAGAAAGGACUGGGAAGCAUUCUGCUUGUCGGUCGUGGAAGAUUAUGGUAGCCACGCCGAUUCUAUGAAAGAUCUUGACAAGCGCUGGAACCCGGAAGUGCCGUAG